UUAGGAUUUAACAAAAACAGAUGCAAACGCGAAGGUUAUUUUAGACCCACUAUAUUAAUUAGCGGAAAUAAAAACCAGCCAAAAAAAUAUCUUUUACACCCUCUCACGUUUUCAAUUUUCAGUAUCAGUUUCACUCUACACUCCGCACCGCCACCACGCUGCUUCUCCUCCCUCCUCCGUCAACCACCACCUCCGCCGCCAUCAACCGCCGGUUUUCACCUUCUUCUAGAAUCUUCUAGAACACCACCGUCACUACAACCACCGCUUUCGUCAUCUUUUCGAUCAAUCUUCCUGAACCACCUCAUACGCCGUCGUUUCGUCUUCUGUAGACGAAUUUGAUCGAAGGUCGGAAAUUGUUGAUGAUCGUGAGUUUCUGUAAAUGAAUUGAUGGUACUUGUGUUCGUGAUUUUCAGUGCUAAGAUCUUAGUGAAGUUUGCUCAACAACUGCAUUUAUGUCUUAUCAGAAUUGGAUGUCGAAGGAUGGUGGCUGUUUAACUAAUGGGGAGAUAAGUUAUGAUAAUUCUACUAGAAUUGAACCCAAGCGCUCGCACCAAUGGUUUAUCGAUGGUGGUGAGGCAGGGUAUUUACCGAACAAGAAGCAAGCUGUAGAAGUUCCCGGUAGCAAUUCAUUUGUUGGAAUACCGACCUCUACUCUUUCUCCUUGGGGAGGUGUGGCUGGUUUUAACUCGGUUCCUAGUCAAUUUACUGAACAAUUGUUUGAUACUGAUGCUAUUAGGUCUACUAGUUUUGAUGAGAGAAAUAUUGCGUCUGUCAGUAUGGGUAGCUUGAAUACUGGAAGAAAGGUUACGGAGGAUCCAUUUGGGAGUAAUUCCUCAUUUGGUCUAUCUAUAACUCAUUCAUUGGAAGAUCCUAAGUCAGGGAUCAACUAUGGUGGGAUAAGGAAAGUCAAAGUUAGUGAAGUGAGAGAUCCUGCGGACUUCCUGCCAUUGCCUACAAGGCCUGCAUAUGCUAGAGAAUCUGAGGGUGUUAUGUCAACUGCUCAUGGUUAUGGCAAGGUAGAUGAUAGCGGUAUAUCUAUGGGUCUGACAUAUGGCCGAGAGGAGGAAAAUAUUGUAGCAGUUGGGGACUCUUAUGGUAGGGAAGACAAUGGUUUUAUAUCAAUUGACCAAUCAUUUAGUAAAGAUGCUGGCAACACAUUGGGAAUGGGGCAUUCCUACAAGGCUGAUGUUAGCACUAUGUCAAUGGCGAAUACAUUCAGUGGUGCUGAUUGUAAUAUAAUGCCAAUGGCUGAAAACUUUAGUAAGGGGGAUAACAAUGUCAUUUGCGUGGGAAACCUCAGCAAAGGGGAUAAUAUGGUCUCCAUAAAUCAUACGUACAGAGGUGAUAGCUCCAUCCCAGCUACUAACAAUUACAACAAAGGGGAUGAUAGCACCACAACAAUUGCUCUAUCUAGCAGCAAAGGUCAAAAUCAUUCAUUGUCCAUGGGCCACUCAUUCAACAAGGGAGACAGUAACAUAAUAUCCUUUGGUGGGUAUAAUGGUGAUAAUGAUUUAGAUGCUUCAGGGACACUCACAUGCAAUUAUGAAGUGCUAAUGGGUCAACCUUCUAUUCAAAGGUCUGACACAUUAAAUCAGAAGGAUUUGACUGUCUCGAAUGCUGAUGCAGCCAUAGUUGCUGCUCAGGUUAAUGCUUCUAGAGCAGAAAGUACCUCCAGGAAGAAAGAGGACAUUAAAUCAACGAAGAAGACACCUCCCAACAAUUUUCCUUCGAAUGUGAGAAGUUUGCUUUCUACUGGUAUUUUGGAUGAGGUUCCAGUGAAAUAUAUUGCUUGGUCACGAGAGAAGGAGCUCCGUGGCGUCAUAAAAGGUUCUGGAUAUCUUUGUGGAUGUCAGUCAUGCAACUUUUCCAAGGUUAUUAAUGCUUAUGAGUAUGAGCGUCAUGCUGGGUGCAAAACCAAACACCCCAACAAUCACAUAUACUUUGAGAACGGGAAAACCAUUUACGGGAUUGUUCAAGAGCUUAGGAAUACUCCACAGAAUAUGCUGUUUGAUGUUAUACAAACAAUAACAGGUUCUCCCAUCAAUCAAAAAUCAUUCAGGCUUUGGAAAGAAUCUUUCCUGGCUGCGACCCGGGAACUUCAGCGCAUAUAUGGUAAGGAUGAGCGGAACCAGUCAUUAUAAACUCAUUUAUAAAGACUGGUAAGGAUGCCAAGGUUCUCUGAUGCAUUGGUGAACUUAUCUUAUAUUUUUGCUUCUAGGUAUCAACUCCUUCAAUACCAACUGUAUAAAAGUGGGAUUAGUAAUAUGCUAUGUUGACCAAAAUUAUUUUUUAAAGAUUUGGUCUCAACUUUUGUAAUAGUAAUUUUUGUUUUCCGGAUUAACAUAUUAAACCAGUGCUUGUAAAUGAUGAAAGUGUUGGAUGUAGAUGAAUUUUUGUAUAAAGAAUGGAAUGGUCUUUUCUUUUGCUUCA